GUAUUGCGCAUGUAUGGUUACUGAGAAGAACGCCCGUAUAUGGACUUGGUGUUGUUUCGUGGAAGUGCCAUUCCUUUUCCCGGAAUGGGAGACACCGCCCCAAUUUGCUCGCUAGGUGUCGCAAAUGUACUAGUGGUUAGCUUUCAAAGUGGCUCGUAUCGAAGAUUCACUCGACCGGAUUAGUACGGCGGUAGUCCCCAUUACGACUUUGGAGCUUGUCAUGUGAUAUAUGGUAUUGAUUCGGGAUUUGUUGUGUCGUUGCCGUGAGUGCCAGCUGCGUAGAAGCACCUACCAGAUGUACCCGACACGGAAGUGAAUUACAUUGAUGACAUUUUAUGCGCUAGACAGAUACAAGGAGUGACGUUUUUGAUGUAGCACAGUGGUGAGCCAUCCAAGGAGGCUAGCCAUGAGUCAAGACUCCGAGUCUGAUGAUGAUGGGUAUAGGUGCAUGGAGCUGCCCACCCUCAUCAAGCAGCUCAAGUCCGUGAUGGACCAGUACCCUGAUGGUGGACAGAUACUCAAGGAGUUGAUCCAGAAUGCUGAAGAUGCCAAGGCCAGUGAGAUGAGAAUACUGUAUGAUGUCAGACAUAUUGACCCUGAUCCCAGACUACUGAAGAAGAAGCGUUACCUAGCCUCAUUACAGGCCCCAGCCCUGUGUGUGUACAAUGAUGCCUUGUUCACAGAGAAGGACUGGCGGGGAAUCAAAAUGCUACAUGACAGCGUCAAAGAGGAGGAACCUCUCAAAGUUGGACGGUUUGGGCUCGGAUUUAAAUCUGUGUUCCAUGUCACUGAUUUCCCAUGUGUCAUAAGCGGGGACACAGUGUUGUUCAUCAACCCUCAGGAGAAGAAUAGUGACCGAGUCUGCUACAUGAAGAAACUGAGAGAUCUUUCCAAUGAAAUCAAGAAGAUGAUCCUUAAUGUCUUCAGUGGCAUCUUUGACUUCACAUCAGACACGGUACACAAGGGCUAUUACAGUGGAACCAUCUUCUGGUUCCCCCUCAGAACCAACAUCUCAAAGCUGUCAGACAACCUUUACACAGAGGAGAAGGUCAUGGAUCUUUUCCAAGCGUUUAAGUCUGAGGCGUCCAUCACUCUCUUAUUUCUGAAGUCAAUAGAGAAGAUACAAUUGUACCAGAGACUGAGAAGAAAGAUACAAGUCCAGUUCUCACUGCAGCUGUCUCAAGACUGUCUCCAGGAUGUGAGGAUGGAGAAGCAAGAUUUCAUAAGAAAAGUGAAGCAGGCACAAGGAGGAAUACCAGCAGCAUCUGUAGAGAGUCAGUUGACUUUAACUGUGGAAACAGUGGAUGUUGCAGGGCCUAAGGCCUCACAGCAAUGGAUUGUCAUCAACUUCUACAAAGGAGGAACUAUGAGUCCAAGGUUCAGAGAUCUUUGCAGUGACAAAGCUCUUUCCUACGCCCCCUAUGUGGGUUUGGCUGUUCCUCUGGGUCAGCAGUGUAAAGGUCAUGUGUUUUGUUUCCUCCCACUCCCCCUGGAGGGUGGCAGUCCCAUAGGGCUGCAGGUUCAUGUGAAUGGUUUCUUUGCUUUGAAUCAGAACCGGAGACACGUCAAGUGGCCAACAGCAGAUCAGCUUCAAAAUCAGGCUCACACCGACAAGGCUAUGGAGUGGAACAAGUGUCUUGUGAGUGAAGUUCUGCCUGAUGUGUAUUAUAGCAUUGUAAAUGCUCUUGUUCAAUGCUGCAAGGUGCAUACUAAUUCAAUUAUCAUCAUUCAGCAAAUCUACAGAAUGAUACCAGACAUUGAUGAUGUUGAUGUGAAUUGGAAGCCGCUUGUUUCAACAUUGCUGAAGCAGCUACACAAUAUACCUUUACUGUUCACACCAAGUGACAAGAGGAUGGGGAUCAAGAUGAAGGAUGCCUUUCUUGUGGAUGUGGCCAAUGACGCUUAUUCGUUAAUCGUUGAAAUAUUUACUCUGUACAAGAAAUACAUCGUCCCAGUACCUUCGAAACUCAUGAAGACUUUAGAAAAACAUUUCAGCUCCCACAUUCACAAAGCGACACCUAAAGAUGUCUGUGACACACUGAGAUUGAGCAACCAUUUUACAAGAUUACCAAGACAGAAGAAACUCAUGCUGUUGAAAUAUCUCCUGGAAUCUGAUCAGUACAAGCACCUGGAGGGUCUGUGUCUUCUUCCAGUGGCUGAUGGCAACUUUGUGGCGUUCGGAGCACCUGCUGCUGUGUUCAUCUGUGACCAGCCAGAGGAUGUCAAACUCUUCCCAGGCCUGGAAAGUCAGUUGGUUUCAGCCGACCUUGCUGAAGAUUUACAACAAGCUCUGAUGAAACGGGCAGCUGGCGGAUGGAAAGGCCUUUCCGUGAUGUCAUCUGCUGCCUUCCCUGGCCUGCUCCAGAAAUGUCUGUUGAGGCAUUUCCCAGAAGGCAAUGCUAAACUCCCUUCCCCAUCCUUGGAUGUCAGCUGGCUCAGGCAAGUGUGGACCUAUAUUACAGCCCAUGGAUUUGAUGUUGAAUCUGUGUUCAGUGGUCUUCUCAUUGUGCCGGAUAUUGAUGCUUCAGACAGAGGAAGACUCCACAGCAUCGAUGAUGUCUUCAUUGCUCAGUCAGUGAGGCACUCUGAAUCUUUACCUCCAAAUGUAGGUGCAGCGCUGCAGAAACUAGGCAUUGUCCAUUUAAUGUAUGUUCCUGACUUUGUGCUGAAAAAUUCAUAUGUUCUUGGGACAAUCAUUCAGUACUCAAAUCCAGUUGGUGUUGUAAGAGCAUUAGAGAAAGUAUACAGGAGGAAACUUAUCACAGCUGUACAACUGUUCAACUCCGAAUCCUCCAAACAGGAAAGGUCUGCUUUGGUUGCCUACAUGAGCACCUGCCAGUUGUCCGAGGGAAGUAAAGCAGUGUUAAGGAAGUUACAGCUAUUUACUGCGACAGACAACAGUGAUUGUUCAGUGGAAACCUUAUGUACUCUGGCUCCUGAUGAACAAAUACCUGUACCCUACCCAGAGAGGUACAUCCAGUGUUCAUCUGCUGCAGUGAGACACCUGGCACUGACACUUGGUGCAACAGAAAGGCCAUUUCUUGAUGUCAGUCGACGAAUCCUUCAAAUGAUGCUGCACAACAAAAGAAAAUAUACAGAAAGUCAUAUGGUAGAUUUUAUGGAGUUUCUCAUGGAGAAUCACCUUCAUAUUGUGAAUGAGACCAGGCAAAUUGCUUCAGAGGUACGGUUCCUUUCAUCCAGUGGAGGGUCAUCUGGACUGAGAGCUUGUGAUCUGUUUAGCCAAGAUGACCCAUUCGUGAAAGACUUAUUCCUGGGAGAAGACAAAUUCCCAGCAGAUAGGCACACACGAAGAGACAGACUGAGAAGAGGAUUAGAAGCAAUAGGUCUUAAAACAGAGAAAGAAGUUUCAGAAAGUGAUGUUAGAACAUCAGCAAAGACAAUUGAGGAGCUUGUAAUCAGGGGAAUGGAAUCUGAAGCAGGCCGUAAAGUAACAGCAUUCAUCACUUUCCUGGAAAGGAGCACAUACAGAAUGGAUGUAUUCAAACUAUCUGACCUUCAGCAUUUGCAAUGCAUCCCAUGCAUGCAGAAAAGAAUAUCCAGAUAUCCCAAGUCUCUGUCAUGGAAAGGAGAAUCAGGACCCAAAAUCUUAUCAUCAGGAAAGGUUUUCAGUUCAAGAUACUCAUCUAUCAUUGGGUCUGUUAGUCCAGUUGCAAAAAAAACAACAGCUGCUGUUGAAGCAAUUUUAGGACUUGAUAGAGUUCCUCCAGUGUGUUCAGUAAUGGAACAUCUUCAUAAUCUUGGGACAUCUUAUGACAGUAGAGAAUGUAAUCCUUGUAUGGACUUACUUAAGGACAUUUACAGCUUCCUGAGUUCUCAAGAUGUAUCAAGUACAGAGAAGAACAUGAUGGAGUCAUCACAAUCUGUGUGGGUGGGAAUAGAAGAAGGUUUCCACUCUCCCCGGUCAGUGUAUUGUGAAAGAUCUGAUGCCGACCUGGACCUGAAGCCUUACAGAUACCAGCUGCCAUCUCUGUUGCAUGGCUGGGGUUCAUUACUGUGUAGCUAUGGCUGCCACCAGAGACAAACACCUGACAUGUUGGCCACUGUCCUGGAAGAAAUAAAAGAAAAGCAUGAUGAAUUCAAAACUGCCAACUUAAAGAAACCAACAGUUGUGCGACAAGAUCUGAAGCUUGUUCUUCAAAUACUGAAUGAACUACAAGAACACCCUCAGAGACCUGACCAUGUGUUGGUGCCAGUGCACCAGGCAUCUGAUGAUUUCCUUCUCUUGUUGCCAGCAGAAUCCUGCACCUACUGCAAUGCAGACUGGCUGCAGGAUCAGACAUCUGAUGAUUCAGAUGACGAUGAUGAGGAAAUAUUCUUUGUUCAUGCCAGUGUAUCAGAGCUCACUGCAAAACUGCUAAAUGUUAGCUCCCUGACUGACCGUGUAAUGGGUGACACUGAAGACUUUGAUAUGAACUAUCAGCAGACUGAACCAUUAACGCGAAGAUUGAAAAACUUGCUCCAUGAAUACACAGACGGUUUUUCUGCCCCGAAGGAGCUGAUUCAAAAUGCAGAUGAUGCUGCAGCUACAGAAGUUUGUUUUAUGUAUGAUGAGAGACAGAAUCUGAAUGCUAGAACCUCUCUCAUGAAUGAGAAUAUGGCUGCUCUGCAGGGCCCUGCUUUCUGGGCUUACAACGAUGCAACAUUUCAAGAGUGCGAUUUUGAUCACAUAAAGAAGCUUAGUGGAGCAACAAAAGAAGAAGACACAACUAAAGUUGGCAAGUUUGGUUUAGGAUUCAAUUCUGUCUACAAUUUAACUGAUGUUCCAAGCUUUAUUAGUGAAAACAAUGUGGUGAUAUUUGAUCCUCAUAAAUUAUACCUAGGGAGACCUGGAUUAAGAGCAAACCUCAAAAGUGUGAAAAAUGGGAAGAUGUUGAGAAAAAUGAGUGGACAGUUUAAACCAUUUGAGGGAAUAUUUGGUUGCAAUUUUAGUGGGAAUGCUGACAAAAUAUGUCCUGGAACACUUUUCAGGUUCCCUUUAAGGACGCAAGAGCAAGCUGAUGCAAGUGAAAUAAAAGACUUAGUUUACUCAAGGCAUGAGAUGGAGAACUUUUUCCGAAAAUUUGUUGAAGGAUGUGGAAAUCUUCUCCUUUUCACACAGAAUGUGCAGUCAGUGAAGUUCUUCCAUAUUCCACCCAGAGGAGAACCCAGCCAGCCAGAACUGCUUGUUCAUGUCCGAAAGACUAUCCAAGAUCGAAAAGUUCUCUCACCUUCAAAUUCCUUUCUUAAUGGACCUAACGUGCUGUCAUAUGCAGCUGAAGAAUGGAAAAAGCAAUCAGGGCUGUCCCUGAAAAUAAGUGAAAAAAGUGAUGUCCAGCUUGAAAUAUGUGACACAGACAUGACGAGAAUGCAAAAGCUAAAGGCUGGUGUGACCAUUGUGUCAUGGCUCAUAACAUGGGUAACUGGUCAGGGAGAAUCUGAGCAGUUUGCUCGGUCUGGAAAGCUUAAAGGACUGCUUCCAUUAGCAGCUGUUGCAAUUCCACUGACUUUGGAAGAUGGAAGACAAUGUAUAUAUAAUAUGGACAAAUGUCCUGAAGGGUUCUAUAGAGAAGGACAUUUCUUUUGCUUUUUGCCUUUACCAGUGCACAUUCCUUUUCCAGUACAUAUCAAUGCACCAUUUGCCUUGACAUCAGACAGAAGACAACUGUGUACACAAACAGAAGAUGACAAGACAAACUCUGAAGCUGAGUGGAACACUGCUUUGUUUAAAGAUGCUACUUGUAGAGCAUAUGUAGCUGCUCUGGAACAAUUAGAGAUCACUGACCCUUCCACUGUUGGUCAAUAUUAUGACUUGUGGCCUACCAUGCAAAGGGGGCAGGACUGUAUGGUACGAAGUUUCUAUGAGUUUAUAACACAUGAGGCCCAUGAUGUAUUUCUGCAUGAUGACAAUGGUAAUCUGGAAUGGUUGUCAUUUCAAAGAAUAUAUAUUCUUGAGCCAACUAUUUGUGGCAAAAAUCGAAAAUUGGCUUACAAGGCAGCAGCCAAAUUUUGGAAUAGAACUAAUGAGAAAAUUAUUGAUCUUCCACAAAACCUUCUUGAGCAGUUUUAUUUGUCUGGGCUAGAAUCAAAGGUUAGUUCCAGACUUAUCAGAGAAUCAGAGUUUUUUAAGACAAUCUUCUUCCGAAACAUACAUGACAGUUACUGGUCCAACAGUCAAACAGAGAGAGAUAGCUUGGUAUUAUUUGCUCUCAAAUGUCAGGAUGAAAGUGUUCAAGACCUGAUCAAAGGUACAAGAUGUAUUCCAACAGAACCAUCAGGCACUCUGAAACUGCCAGGUGAAGUAAUUCGCCCAAACAGUCCAUGUGCAGAUUUGUUUUCAGAAGAAGAUGAAUGCUUCCCAAGAGGAUAUAAGUUUGGGGAAACUCAAUUCUGUGAUUUGAAUGUGAUAAAGAUUCUCUGUAAGCUUGGAAUGAUCCAAGACAAACUCCCAUGGGAAAUUCUUGUUGAACGAGCAAGAUCAGUGGAAAAACUAGCUGCACAAGAUGCCAAGAGAGCCCGUGAGAGAAGUGGUCGGAUUCUAAGGUAUCUUGUCAUCAGGGACAAGCAUGGAAAGAAACUUUUUGAUGAUUUGAAUGAGGAUAUAAAAUCUACAUUACAGGGUAUUCCCUUUUUGCCUAUUCUGAAACAUCCUACAUCUUGGCAUUUACAUUGGAAAGCAGAUGAUAUUCCAGAAACAUUGUUUGCAUGUCCAAAUGAACUGCAUGAUAAGAAAUUGUCAAGUCUGGUAGCUUGUUCCCAGUUAAUGCUUGAUGACUCAUUUGACUGUAACAUGCAUGUUGACGUGGAAGUUCUGUCCUGGCUUGAAGUUAAAGGAAAAGAAGAUGUUGUUCUUGAAGACGUAGCCAACCAAUUACUGUCUGUUUCUGAGACCAUUAAUUCAGGGACUACAUUAUUCAAUGAACUGGAGAAAAUGUGCAAAGAUCUGUAUGCAUGUUUGAAUGAGCAGUAUCAUAAAAGUAAGUUCAGUAUCAUACGUGAUAUUUUGAAAAAUAAGGACAUUGUAGUAGCUGAAAAAAGAUUGCUUAAACCACAGCAAGUUGCUUUUUCUCUUCCGUGUGACUUAUCACCAGAUUUGUAUCAAGUUGACAAAGCAUUUGAUAUCUAUAAACCAUUUUUGCAGAGCAUAGGAGUAAGAGAGAGAUUUGGACUGAAUGACAUACUUGCUGUUAUAGGCAACAUCACAAAGGAAGCAGGUACAAAACCCCUUUCUCAAAGCAGAUUGAAAUGGUUUGGGUUAGCUGCACAAUACAUUCAACUUCUUGAUAUAUCUGAUUUUAGACCAGAAGGCUUUGAUAUUUCACUUCCAAAUUCAAAAGGGAUAAUGUCUAAGGCAGUAUCACUUUGCAUUGAUGAUUGUGAAUAUGUUGUUCAUGAUGAAUCAAUGACGUUUGUUCACAAAAAUAUUCAUCAAAAUGUAGCCAAAUUGUUUGGUGUCAAAGGAAAACGAGAAGUUGAUUUAAAAAAUCACAUUUGUUCAUCCUUCUCUGAAUUUGGACAGUGUGAAAAAUUGACAACCAGACUGAAAGGACUUCUGAGUGGAUACCCAUGUGAUUCUUCACUGAUGAAAGAACUGCUGCAGAAUGCAGAUGAUGCUGGAGCUACUGAACUAAUGUUCAUAAAGGAUUUCAGACAUCUGCCAAUAGAAAAAUUGUUCUGUGAUGAAUGGGCUUCCCUGCAAGGUCCAGCACUGUGUGUCUUCAAUGACAGUUUCUUCACAGAAGGUGACAUUGAAGGUAUUCAGAACUUAGGUGUAGGAAGUAAGAGUGACGAUCCUGUAAAGACUGGGCAGUACGGUGUUGGGUUUAAUGCUGUUUAUCAUCUCACUGAUGUGCCCUCCUUCAUCACUGUUGGCCCUGGAAUGGAAAAAUCUAUAUGUGCCCUUGACCCUCAUAUGCAAUAUGUACCAGGGUGCAAAUCUGGAAAACCUGGAGUGAGAAUAUCACAGCUUGACAGGAUAAGAGACACUUAUGCAGAUAGCUUCUCUGGCUAUCUGGAAGAUAUAGUCAGAACUGACACAAAAGGAACACUGUUCAGAUUUCCCUUGAGGACGCAGGAAAUGGCAACCAAGUCAAAGAUCAAAGACAAAAAAGUUGACCCAGACGAUGUCAACAAGCUGUUAGAGGAAUUCAAGAAUGAUAUGUUUGACUCUCUCCUAUUCCUCCACAAUGUUAAGAAGAUAUCUAUUGCCAGAGUCAGCCGAAAUGGUAUAUUCAAAGAAUACUGUGUUGAAGCAAGUAUGAGUGAAGCAGAUAUGUCUAAACAUAAACAGUUUCUCUCUCACUUGAGGAAUCAGACAAAAAUGAUUCAAGAUUGUUCAUCUCAAACAGGCCUCAAUGCUGUUUCUCCAUUAAAAGUUCAGUUAUCUCUCAGAGUCAAGGAUUCUCAAGGUAAACAACAAGAUUGGAUAGUGAGUCACCAAUCUGGUUUUGUAAAGGAAAAAUCUAUUCCCGAUGUUAUUACAACAACUUGGAAGAAUGGAGACAUUCGACUUUUACCAAGAGGUGGUGUUGCAAUGCCUCUUGCUGAUGCAGAGAAAAACUUCGAGGGUAAAGCAUUUUGUACCUUACCUUUGCCAAUCAGCACUGGACUACCAGUUCAUGUCAAUGGCCACUUUGCCCUUGAUCAUGAAGCAAGAAGAAACCUUUGGUAUGGCAGUGAUGACUACAGGUCAGCCUGGAAUCGCCAUGUUGUUGAUGCAGUCAUAGUUCCAGCCUAUAUUUCAGCUGUGAAAUUAAUAAAGAAGAGUACAGAAAUAAACCAUAAAACAGCUUUCAAAUGUCUUUAUGACAAAAUAUAUCACUCCUAUUAUACAUUCUUUCCUGAUAGAAGCUGCACAAAAAGUGAAGUUUGGGGGGACCUUGUGGUUUCAUUUUACACAGAUGUUGUGUUGAAAAAAAGAGAGAUUUUCAGUGUUAUUAAGCCAGCAGAAGGAUUGUUUGCUGAAAGAACAAAAAGGACAAAGGAGAAUAUGAUGUGUAAAGUCGAAUGGGUUCCAGCUGCAUGUUCGAAAGGAUUCCCUGGCUAUUUCAAUAACCUGGAAAAGGAAACAACAGAUGAUGUUCCCCCAGGAUCAUCGCAGUGCUGGAAACAGGAAAAUGAGAAUGCAGUUCGGUUAAAAGAGAUCCUUAAGGACUUGAACAUGAAGGUUAUAGAUUCUCCAUCAAGAAUUUAUAAAGACAUUUUUGCAACAUGCAAAGAACCAGUAAGUGAGGUAACACCAACAAAUGUUAUGCAUUUUCUGAAAACACAUUUCUUGAAAGUUAAAGAUGGAUGUAGUCUUAGAUUACCAAUGGAGUUGGCACGUACAUCAUUAAGGAAUGUCGAAUUACUUCAACGGCUGACACAAUUCUGCAAAAAGCAGCAGAAAUUCUGUUCCGAAUUGCAUUCUCUGCCACUUGCGCUGACUGCAUCCAUGAAUCUGUACAAAUUUGAUCCUUCUAAGCCUUUCUUUGUCACAAAGUUCACAGAGCUCCUCGCUGGGACUCCGGAUCAGGUACUGCACAAGGAUAUUGUUGAUUUGUAUGGAUGUUAUGAAUCACCUUGUUUGAAAGAGCUUGACAUUUGUUCACUUGCAGCUUUACUUGGACAGACACUUUCUGCUGAUGUUUUACAGACAGGCAAACCUGUAUAUUGGAAAGACAACACAUUUCCUUCAAAGCAGUGGAUUUUUCGCUUUUGGGACUAUUUAGCUACACAAAUUUAUGGUAGUAAAUCAAAUCAGACUUUAGUGACAAAAGCAACUUUGACUAAAGUAGAAGACUGGUCCCUGUUACCUGCCACAAAGCAUGGGGAUGGCAGUCUCAUGCUCUACCCAAUAAAGGAGAGUUGGUGUGUCAUUGAUAUGAACUCUGUUAAUGAGAAAGCACAUCAAACAGCUUUACAUCACAUGAACGUUCCACAACUUGAGAGAAAUGUUCUUAAACAUACAAGUAGUUUGCCAUUUGACAAUCGUGCAUGUGCAGUUGCUUCAUCCAGUCUAGCCAGUUGGGAGAAUCCUGGCACAGUUUUAAAGUUAAUAUCCAAUUUGGAUUUUAGUUCAUGGAAUAAUGUAAGUCCACAAGACUGUCAAGCAAUUUUGGAGUUCUUUAGUAGAAAUGUGGACAAACUGAAUGACCCACAGGCAGCAAAACAGUUAAAAAAAAUUCCGCUUUAUGAGUCAUUGGGUGGAUCACUGGUUGAUUUACAAAAUCAUACCACUAUAUUUUCAGUAGAAAUUCUCAUGACUAUGCCUAGUGAAGGUUUCGAUGAUUGGACCUCUGCUUCUAAAAUUUUACUUUUAAAAUUCUCUGCUUCAUGCCGGAAGCUUUAUCACUUCUUGGGUGUACAAGAACGUACAGAUGAGAAAUUGUAUGUACAAUACAUUCUUCCAAAUUUUAACUUUUUGCCAGACUCAACCAAACCGAAACAUCUGAAAUACAUCCGUGAUCAGCUGUUGAAAAAAGCUACAAAGUUUAGCCCAGAACAAUGCGAACUGAUAAAGCAGUUAAAAGAUCUAAAAUUCAUUGAAGCAGGAGAUGGAAUGCUUCAUUGUGCUGGGAACUUUUAUAGUUCUGAUGUUGAAGUUUUCAGAGAGAUGUGUCAGCCAAAUGAGUUACUACCACCACCAUAUGCUGCAAGAGAGUGGCAACACUUUGUGGAACUUGCUGGCUUGAAAACAAAAGUUACUGAGGAGCUUUAUUUGUUAUUUGCAAGGAAAGUUGAACGUUCGGGUCAACAAGGGAUCACUGAAAAUAUUGAGAGGAAGUCUAAAGCUUUGAUAUCGUACCUAACAAGGCAUUAUAAACAUUUCAGAAAUUUAACAGAAAUUGGGAAGAUCAAAUUUGUGUUGCCGUACUCUGUCAAUGAAGAGUUAACAAGUAUAUUCCCACAACAUAAUGAAGGAAAAUAUCUUGUGUCCUACUCAGAAUCACUGUCCCCUUGUCACUGCCACUAUGUUUGGACAAGCUGUUCUAUCUUCAACCAAGAUGCAGAUCCACGUUCAUGGCUCAGUGCAGACAGGAUCCAACACUUUAACUCUCUGCUUGGUAUUCAAACAGUCCCUACCUCAGAAAGAGUUACAAGGCAUUUACAAAAUAUUUGCACAUCUCUCAUUAAUAUUCAAGACCAAAAUGAUGGAGAUAAAUUAUCUAAGCUAGAUCACUUCAUACAAGAGGUCAUGAAAGCAAAUUACAAGCAUUUACUUGAUACUUGUGUCACUGAUGAAAUGAAGAUUCAUCUUCAAGACUUUUCCAUCAUUUAUGUGCCAGCUGACAAGUGUAUGGUUUCAGCUGACAGAGUUGUUAAAAAUAUUCGUUCUGAUGACAUUAUGAAAGGAUAUCUUUAUGCAAUUCCAGAUGAAUUUUUUGAAUUUCAUCAAAUCUUUAUUGAUCUUGGAGCCUCAAAGGAUGUGAAUGCAAACCUGUAUGUGCGUGUGUUGGAGAAACUGUACAAAGAGACUAAUGGCAAAAGUCUUCAUCUUAAUGAACUAUCCGUGGCAAAGAAGGCUAUUGACCGUAUGGUUUUUUUUAUGCAAAGGGAAAGCAUGCCAGACACGCGCUUAAAGGAACAACCCUCAUUGUACCUACCUGACAAUAGCUUGGUGCUCACUGACUCUCGGAAUUUGGUAUAUAACAAUGACAAGCGUCUGUCUGAAAGAGUUGAGUUCCUUGAAUUACCAUAUUUCCUUGGAUUUCAGAAGUUGGAACUGAAUAUGGAUGAAAAUGCUCUCCUUUCAAUGCUGCCAGAAUGUUAUAGGUUGAAGUUGCUGACUUCUUUUGUAAAAGAGCAUGUUACUGAAGAGAGCAAACAGAGAGCAUACACUGGUGAUUUAGCUCAAAAAUACAAAAAUAUUGUACAGGGAUCAGAAUUUGUUAGUGCAGUUGUUAGACUUGUCAAUCAUGAAAGUAUUUUACUUCGUACUCAAGGUUUGGAUAUUUCAGAAGCAAAGGACAUUGAACAACGUCUAGCACUUCUAGAAAUUCAACAAGUGAACAAUUUGAAAACAGAGCUAUGGGAGAAUGGAAAUGUUGUUCCUGGGAGCCAAUGCAAAAGGGCAUUUUUACGGGAAAGAAACAAAAGAAGCAAGAAUGUCUGUCUAUUCAUUGAUAGCAAAAUUAAGUCAAUCACUUUAUUAAGUGCAUUAGCAGUAACAGUGGAUAAUCUGACAUCAAGAAAAUUGGGCAGUUGCAGUGCUUAUCUGCAUCAUUUGCUUGGUUCUAAACCAGAAAUAUUUAAUGGUUAUUUGGAUGAAUUUAAAAUAAAACCUUAUGGUCAUGUUGGCCAACAGAGAGAACAGACAGCAUUUCCUCCUCCUGGGACGUUGAUCCCAGAAGAUAUGCACUGGCUCUUGGACAACAGUUUCCAUGUCUUUGAUGAAGGGGAGUAUGUUGGCCUGGAGGUGUAUGAUCCACUCGUUGACACAGACUCUCAGGAUGAGGAGGAUGCAAAUGCAAACCCAGUUUACAUUUAUGCCAUUGUGAAAAAAGUUGUUUGUAAGGAAGAUAUGUUAUUCAGACAAAAGUAUGUGGUUAAUGUUGGAGAUGACCGAGAAGAAGAAAUACUGGGAUUAAAGCUGUACAAAUUUUGGAGAGAGAAGACAAAUAAGUGUAGAAGUCUUGUAACCACUGAGACAUCAACAUCCCAGGAUGAACUGCAGAAUACUGAACAAAGUGAUCUUGAGUCAGUUCUGAAAGAAAUUAGACAGAUUCUUACGGACACUUGGAGGAACUGUUCAGAUCAGGAGAGGAACAGAGUGAAAAAAAGAUUAUACUUAAAAUGGCACCCAGACAAGAAUCCUGGCAGGGAAGAUUUCUGUACAAAAGUAUGUCAGAAUAUCCAGAAAUAUGUGAUGAGACUUGAAAAUGGACAGAGUAUUGAGGAUGUUGAUGAUGAAGACAUAGGGACACAAAGAACCUCCUAUGGUGCCAGUCGAACAAAUUCAUCCUUCUUUGAACACAUGAACAGAAGAAGUUCAAAUCAAAGGAAUCAUUAUGAAAGGCACAAGCGCACAGCUUCAUCAAGUGAAAACUAUAGAAGUGAAACAUUUUACAAAUGGCAUCAUUCUGCAAGAGAUGAUGCUCAUCCUCAACCUCAAGAAGCCAAGCGUUGGCUGAGGCAGGCCACAUUUGACCUACAAGCAGCAUGGCAAAGCUCUCGGCAGUAUAAUACAUGUAGUAAUAACUGGGUUCUCUUCAAAGCUCAACAGGCUGCUGAGAAAGCUAUUAAAUCUGUCUGGUUCAACCGAAAUGCGAAUGUGGCAGACGGACUGCGAAACCAUGACAUAACGAUCACAUCACGAGGAUUGAACAAUCCCCAAUUAUCAGAGUUGGCAUCCCAGCUGCAAUGUUUAAUCGGUGACUUCAACAGAAUGCGCUACCCAGAUAGACUUUCCUUUCCAAGUAUUCCUGCUGAUGUGUACACGGAUGACAAUGCAAGGCAGGCAUGUCAAGUUGCACAGAAAAUUCUUAACCUGGUGAAAGAGUUACUGGAUCAUGAUUGAGAUUGACAAACUCAUUUCAAGAUCUUCAGGAACCUGGACAGUUAAGAAGUAUAGACCAUCAUUUUGUCAGCAGUCUGAUCAAAUGUUGAAAUAUGUUUUGAAUGUUUUUUGUCAAUUUUUUUAAGAGUAUAUUUAUUGUUCUUUGCAUGUUUAAUUGUAUUCAAAAUAGCCAAGAAGCUAGUAUACAAACAUGAACUAAUUCAUGAGUUACCAUUAGUCCAUAUUAGAGAUACCAUUGACAAUGGAUGUUGUCCUCACCAGUUAUUCAACACUUCAUAACAGUUAAACUUUGAUAAUAUUGCUAAAAAAAACAAAACAAUAAACUCUCAUUAAACUUUAUGUUGCUCUAUGUUAACUCAACAAAGUGUACAUUUGGUUAAAUUGAUAAGCAAUAGUCUUGUCGUGUCCCACGUGAACCCCGUCAAGUGUAAAUACAGUGAAUGAGCCAGAAGUUAUGUUUUGAGUGAGUUAUACAUAUUCCUAUCAAAUAUAUAUAGUCAAAUGAAUACUUUGUGAUCUUGUUUUAUCCUUUACUCACCGUCUCAACCCUAAAUACUUUGAAUGAGACAGAUGAUUUUGUUCUGAGUUCGUUAUACAUAACCCUAUGAAGUGUAAAUACAAUGAAUAAAACAAAUGGUAAGUGUUCUGAGUUGGUCAUACAUAACCCUAUGAAGUGUAAAUACAGUGAAUGAGAUCAAUGUUUCAUGUUUUGAUAUGGUCAUGCAUUAACUGGAUCAAGUGUUAAUACAGUAACAUAGAUACCUAGUGGUCUUGUUUUGUCUUUUGCUUACUGUCUCAACCCUAAAUACCUUGAAUGAGACUAAUGAUUAGUGUUUUGAGUUGGUCAUACAUAACCCCAUGAAGUGUAAAUACAGUGAAUAAAACAAAUGGUUAGUGUUCAGAGUUGGUCAUACAUAACCCUAUGAAUUGUAAAUACAGUGAAUAUAUCAAAUUGUUAGUGUCCUGAGUUGGUCAUACAUAACCCUAUGAAGUGUAAAUACACUGAAUGAGACCAAUGUUUCAUGUUUUGAUAUGGUCAUGCAUUAACUGGAUCAAGUGUUAAUACAGUAACAUAGAUACCUAGUGGUCUUGUUUUGUCUUUUGCUUACUGUCUCAACCCUAAAUACCUUGAAUGAGACUAAUGAUUAGUGUUUUGAGUUGGUCAUACAUAACCCCAUGAAGUGUAAAUACAGUGAAUAAAACAAAUGGUUAGUGUUCAGAGUUGGUCAUACAUAACCUAAUGAAGUGUAAAUACAGUGAAUAAAACAGAUGGUUAGUGUUCUGAGUUGGUCAUACAUAACCCUAUGAAGUGUAAAUACAGUGAAUAUAACAGAUGGUUAGUGUUUUGAGUUGGUCAUACAUAACCCUAUGAAGUGUAAAUACAGUGAAUAAAACAGACGAUUAGUGUUUUGAGUUGGUCAUACAUAACCCUAUGAAGUGUAUAUAGUCAAAUGGAUACUUUGUGAUCUUGUUUUAUCCUUUGCUCACCUUCUCAACCCUAAAUACCCGGAAUGAGACAGAUGAUUAGUGUUUUGAGUUGGUCAUACAUAGCCCUAUGAAGUGUAAAUACAGUGAAUAAAACAGAUGGUUAGUGUUCAGAGUUGGUCAUACAUAACCUAAUGAAGGGUAAAUACAGUGAAUAAAACAGAUGGUUAGUGUUCUGAGUUGGUCAUACAUAACCCUAUGAAGUGUAAAUACAGUGAAUAUAACAGAUGGUUAGUGUUUUGAGUUGGUCAUACAUAACCCUAUGAAGUGUAAAUACAGUGAAUAAAACAGACGAUUAGUGUUUUGAGUUGGUCAUACAUAACCCUAUGAAGUGUAUAUAGUCAAAUGGAUACUUUGUGAUCUUGUUUUAUCCUUUGCUCACCUUCUCAACCCUAAAUACCCGGAAUGAGACAGAUGAUUAGUGUUUUGAGUUGGUCAUACAUAGCCCUAUGAAGUGUAAAUACAGUGAAUAAAACAGAUGGUUAGUGUCUUGAGUUGGUCAUACAUAACCCUAUGAAGUGUAAAUACAGUGAAUAGAACAGACAGUUAGUGUUCUGAGUUCGUCAUACAUAACCCUAUGAAGUGUAAAUACAGUGAAUGAGAUCAAUGUUUCAUGUUUUGAUAUGGUCAUGCAUUAACUGGAUCAAGUGUUAAUACAGUAAUAUAGAUACCUAGUGGUCUUGUUUUCUCUUUUGCUUAAUGUCUCAACCCUAAAUACUUUGAAUGAGACUAAUGAUUAGUGUUUUGAGUUGAUCAUACAUAACCCUAUGAAGUGUAAAUACAGUGAAUAAAACAGAUGAUUAGUGUUCUGAGUUGGUUAUAUAUAACCCUAUGAAGUGUAAAUACAGUGAAUAGAACAGACAGCUAGUGUUCUGAGUUGGUCAUACAUAACCCUAUGAAGUGUAAAUACAGUGAAUGAGAUCAAUGUUUCAUGUUUUGAUAUGGUCAUGCAUUAACUGGAUCAAGUGUUAAUACAGUAACAUAGAUACCUAGUGGUCUUGUUUUGUCUUUUCCUCGCUGUCACAACCCUAUAGACCUUGAAUAAGACUGAUGAUUAGUGUUUUGAGUUGGUCAUACAUAACCCUAUCAAGUGUAAAAACAGUGAAUGAGAUCAGUGUUUCAUGUUUUGAUAUGGUCAUGCAUUAACUGGAUCAAGUGUUAAUUCAGUAACAUAGAUACCUAGUGGUCUUGUUUUGUCUUUUGCUCGCUGUCACAACCCUAUAUACCUUGAAUGAGACUAAUGAUUAGUGUCUUGAGUUGGUCAUACAUAACCCUAUGAAGUGUAAAUACAGUGAAUAAAACAGAUGGUUAGUGUUUUGAGUUGGUCAUACAUAACCCUAUGAAGUGUAAAUACAGUGAAUUAAACAAAUGGUUAGUGUUUUGAGUUGGUCAUACAUAAACCUAUGAAGUGUAAAUACAGUGAAUUAAACAAAUGGUUAGUGUUCUGAGUUGGUCAUACAUAACCCUAUGAAGUGUAAAUACAGUGCAUAUAACAGAUGGUUAGUGUUCUGAGUUGGUCAUACAUAACCCUAUGAAGUGUAAAUACAGUGCAUAUAACAGAUGGUUAGUGUUCUGAGUUGGUCAUACAUAACCCUAUGAAGUGUAAAUACAGUGCAUAUAACAGAUGGUUAGUGUUCUAGGUUGGUCAUACAUAACCCUAUGAAGUGUAAAUACAGUGAAUAAAACAAAUGGUUAGUGUCCUGAGUUGGUCAUACAUAACCCUAUGAAGUGUUAAUACAGUGAAUGAGAUCAAUGUUUCAUGUUUUGAUAUGGUCAUGCAUUAACUGGAUCAAGUGUUAAUACAGUAACAUAGAUACGUAGUGGUCUUGUUUUGUCUUUUGCUCACUGUCUCAACCCUAAAUACCUUGAAUGAGACAGAUGAUUAGUGUUUUGAGACCCAUGAAGUGUAAAUACAGUGAAUUAAACAGACGGUUAGUGUUCUGAGUUGGUCAUACAUAACCCUAUGAAGUGUAAAUACAGUGAAUAAAACAGAUGGUUAGUGUUCUGAGUUGGUUAUGCAUAAGCCUAUGAAGUGUAAAUACAGUUAAUAAAACAGAUGGUUAGUGUUUUGAGUUGGUCAUACAUAACCCUAUGAAGUGUAAAUACAGUGAAUAAAACAGACGAUUAGUGUUUUGAGUUGGUCAUACAUAACCCUAUGAAGUGUAUAUAGUCAAAUGGAUACUUUGUGAUCUUGUUUUAUCCUUUGCUCACCUUCUCAACCCUAAAUACCCGGAAUGAGACAGAUGAUUAGUGUUUUGAGUUGGUCAUACAUAGCCCUAUGAAGUGUAAAUACAGUGAAUAAAACAGAUGGUUAGUGUUCAGAGUUGGUCAUACAUAACCUAAUGAAGGGUAAAUACAGUGAAUAAAACAGAUGGUUAGUGUUCUGAGUUGGUCAUACAUAACCCUAUGAAGUGUAAAUACAGUGAAUAUAACAGAUGGUUAGUGUUUUGAGUUGGUCAUACAUAACCCUAUGAAGUGUAAAUACAGUGAAUAAAACAGACGAUUAGUGUUUUGAGUUGGUCAUACAUAACCCUAUGAAGUGUAUAUAGUCAAAUGGAUACUUUGUGAUCUUGUUUUAUCCUUUGCUCACCUUCUCAACCCUAAAUACCCGGAAUGAGACAGAUGAUUAGUGUUUUGAGUUGGUCAUACAUAGCCCUAUGAAGUGUAAAUACAGUGAAUAAAACAGAUGGUUAGUGUCUUGAGUUGGUCAUACAUAACCCUAUGAAGUGUAAAUACAGUGAAUAGAACAGACAGUUAGUGUUCUGAGUUCGUCAUACAUAACCCUAUGAAGUGUAAAUACAGUGAAU